AUGGCUCCGUUCCCCAGCUUCACCGGCCCGCCUGCUGAGACGAAGACUAUCCGCAUCCCGACCUUUCGCUCGCCCACAGCCAAGACCCAGCCCGCGCCUGUCCCACAGAACCGAGACGAAGCGCGUGCAGCGAGGCUGAAGACGAGUGGAGAAGGGCAAUGGGCCUCACUCGACGCGCUCGCCUCGGCAGGACCCUCCUCUCUCGCCCAUCUGCUCGCCAAACGAGACCCCUCGACCUCCCGUUCAACCGCAUCGUCGAGCUCUUCGCGCCCGAAGCCAGUCCCAGAACCGUCUAAAAAGGGUGCUGCUGCGCGCAAGUCGCCGAGGAAGUCGGGAGCGAGGGGGGAAGUCGGUCGGACGGCGGAAGGAGCUAGCGAGGGUGAUCCUCCGGUCUCUGGGCCGUCAAAGCCGACCAAGCGUCUUCCGCGCGCGUCGGCCUUCCCGAAGGACUCGACAGUGACGGCGAAUGCGAUGCCCGGUGUACCUCCUUCACCCAUCGACGACGGUCCCGCUCCUCCUCCUCCGCCACCUCCCGCCGUCUCGACUUCUGCGUCGAAGAAGAAGCCUCGCAAGUCGACUGCGAAGCCCAAGAAGGACGCUCAGAUCGCGAAGGACGACGGGGAGGAAGCCGCGAAGGUGAAGAAGACGCUGAAGCGCAAGUCGGCUGCUGCUGCUGUCAUCGGCCAAGACGAAGCCGCGGACGAGGCGGCGAAGCCGACGAAAAAGCGGAGGUCGAGCGUGAAGGGCAAGGGGAAGGCACAGGAGGUCGAGCAGGACCACGGCGAGGACAAUCGCCCGCAGGCGGAGGCUCUCGUCUCGGUCGCAAAGAAGGCUCGACGCUCUUCGACUCAGAAGACGGAGACGGAUACGGCUACGAGGACGAAGCCGCAGAAGGAGCCGAAGCGCCGUCAAAAGACUCGAGUCGCCGGACCUGUCGUCGCCUCUCCUCCGCCUCCCUCGCCUUCCGCCGACGAAUCCGCCGACGCAUCGGCCGCACCAGCUCGGAAGAAGAAGCGGGCGUGGAAUAGCGCUGCGCAGGCGGACGAGCAGGAGGAGCCGAAGCCGAAGAAGGCGAGGAAGAGCGUUCCGGCGGCUGCGUCGGCCGUAGAGAGGAAGGUCACGUCGAAGGGCAAGACCAAGGGGAAGGAGAAGGCCGAGUCGCCGGAAAAGGAGGAGGCGGCGGGAGCAGCUCGAGCGGCGAAGCGGAAGCGGACUGGGUCUGCCGCCGCCGACCCUGCAAAGGCCGCGAAGCGCCGUCCCGUGCCCUCCGCCGCAACAACCUCCACCUCGCGCAGACAACCCGCCGCCAGCACCUCCCGUCAACCCGCGCGCCGCGCCCGCUCCCCUACUCCCGAUACGUCCGAUGACGACGACGCCGAAGACGCCGACCAGAGCAAGAAGGGCGUGAAGGUCCGCACGGAGCGGCUCAAGGGGAACAAGGGCAAGCUGAACGUGUUUGAUGUCGUUGCGGGAGGGACGAGGAGGAUGCUUGAUCAGCUAAUCGAGGAGCACGGCAAGAACCCUCGCACCCUCAAGCUCCUCCAGUGCUUCGCCUCGAGCGUGCAAUCCCCACUUCUCUCACGCUCCGCCCUCCUCUCAACCCUCACAGCUCACACCCGCGCCCUCACCUCCGCCCGGACAAAGAACAAGAAAUUACGUCUCGAGCUUGUGGAGAUGCAGAGAGCGAGAGCGGAGGUUGAGCGGGAGAUGAGAAGGAGGGAGGAGCAGUGGGCGAGGGAGGAGAAGGAGGCGGAGACGAUCACCUCGACGCACGACUUUCUCGCCAACCUGAGCGCCGCCUCCUCUGCCUGGCGCUGA